CGCAGCAUCGUCGACGAUGCUGCGACGUCUGGAUGUAAGCCAGGCCAGCGCGAUGCGAGGACGUUCGUACGCGUCGUGCGCGCUCUCACGCGGCACCUGACGGAGUAUCAACUGGGGCAAGACCCGUCCGUGGUGCCACUGUCUCGCGGCGACCUGAGGCUGUGCUUGCAACUGUCCUCUGUUUCCAGCUCUGCCCAACAGCAAGUGCGCCUUGAGCGUCCGGGGUACUACCCGUCCUAUCGUAUCAGCCACAUCGGGGACGACGCUCGCCAGUGGUGUACAGUAGGGCUGCCGAUCUGGACCUCCCUCUCCCUCGUUGGCCGAGGCACGGUGGUAUGGAAAGUGCUCGAGCUAUCCGGCGAGUCCGAGAAGGGAUUCACUUUGAAGGGUGACACCCACGUCAUGAAGUCGUCCUGGCGUGAUCCUCUCAAGAUACCCGAAACAGAGGUAUAUACACUGAUUGGCCAGCUCGAGGGCUGUCCGCGCGGGGUUGCGAGACCGCUUUACGGUGGCGAUGUCUGUUAUUAUGAGGUCCUGCAGACGUGGUCCAAGUUGACCGUCGCGUCGCGGCGACGCCAAGGAUCCGAUGCGCCCGUCCAAGGUCCUGCACCGUGUUGUUCUUCCGAGAUCCGGAGAGCCGCUAUGGAAGUAUACCGACGAGCUGCAACUGCUGUACGUUUCCACUCGAUCGUCGAAGCGCAUCGGUAUCUGUGUGGGCAUGGGAUCCUCCACCAGGACAUCAAUCCGAGCAAUAUGUUCCUCUGGUCCGACGAGGCGGCCCUCCCACCGUAUACGGAAGAUAGGCCAGCCAGUGGUAUCCUAGCCAGCUCCGACAUGGCCGCAGUGGAUGACUCGCUGCUCGCAGUCAGCUCUGUGAGGAGAAUCACUCCGAGCAACGAGGGCAUGGCAGAUGACAAGAUCCCGGAUAAAUCGAAGAUUGAGACCCGUCAAUUCACACCGCGUAGUGUGCCUGAGAUAGAUACACUACAAUUCAUGGCAUUGGAACUACUCCAAGCAGUACAUGCUGGAAGGGACAUUCCCCAUACAGCUGCUCAUGACCUCGAGUCAAUUGCAUAUGUCUUGGGUUACACUGUCCUGCAGCAUCUUGUUAACACUCCAGGUUGUCACAUUGCCCUAGCAGAGGCCUUUCAGGAACACUUUGGCUACAUGACAGUCAAAGGCAUCAUUUAUCAGCACUCUGGUAUCAGGCCCCUCAAGUGGAACUAUCUGCAGGACUGUGGUAGUCCAGCAGAGGCAUUCAUAGCAGACCAUGUGUCAUUGGCUGCCAUCUCAGAUCUCCUUGAUGACUUAAGGCUCAAGGUGUCAAAAAUCCAUGCAGCAUAUGAGCAAAGGAAACUUGCUGAAACACGUGGCAACAUGUACAAUCUACAAAGCACAAGGCAAUUGUCUCAGGAUGAAUUCUUUGAUCACGCUAUGCUCCUGGAGCUAUUGGGUAGCACUAUCUCAUACCUAGAGCAACAUCCAGAGGAGAUUAAGUAUUCAGCCAUUCAUGGGAGUAUGUAGAUGAGGCUAUCUAGGGCUGAAGGGUACAAAUUUGUUGAAAGUUAUGGGCUACACCUCGAUGAUGUAUACCAUAGAAUGAGCAGAGGCAUAGCUCUGUAGUGCCCAUUGUGUUCAAUUUCUAUCUUAUAUUGUCUGUUUUUUGUUACUUCAUAGUGUACUUGAGCUGGGAUGCAAACACCCAUGCCAUCAUACUUCCCUG